AUACAGAGCCUUAGCAAAUAUGAAGACUGCUGUUACUGUUUUCCCUUCCGUUCUGGUGCUGCUGCUGCUGUCAUUUCAGACCCCUUGUGCACUAGCUGCCAGAAAGUCUUAUGUGGUGUACCUUGGGAGGAAUUCCCAUGGAGUAUCCAAGGGAACGGUUCUGAAUGGUGUUGAGAUGAGCAGGACCUACCACAAGUUGCUGGCUUCUUGCAUGAAAAGCAAGGAGAAGGCAAAGCAAGCCAUAUUCUAUUCAUAUUCCAGCCACAUCAAUGGCUUUGCAGCAAUUCUUGAAGAUGAACAAGUUGAACAGCUUUCAAGCCACCCUGAGGUUGUGUUGGUGUCUCCGAAUGACGAGUACGAGCUGCAAACCACAAGGACUUGGGAAUUCAUGGGUCUCGAGGAAAGCGGCGGGAAUGUCCCAGACGAUUCGAUUUGGAAGAAAGCAAGGUUCGGUGAAGAUGCCAUCAUCGGCAAUCUAGACACAGGGGUGUGGCCAGAAUCACCAAGCUUUGCCUGCAGCGACACCAUGGGUGACAUUCCAUCCAGGUGGAAAGGUAGCUGUGAUACCAGUGAUGGAUUCAAAUGCAACAAGAAGCUCAUCGGAGCAAAAUACUUCAACAAGGGCUUCUCGGCCGCAGCAGCAACAACAGGGCGAUUAGUACCCAACCUCACCGCUGCUGCCGACGCCUCGAUAACUGCCUCAGCACGAGACGAAGCGGGCCACGGCUCACACACCCUCUCCACGGCGGGCGGCUGCUUCGUCCCUAACGCCAACUUACUCGGAUCGGCCAAUGGCACGGCCAAAGGCGGCUCCCCCAAGGCCAGGCUCGCCACCUACAAGGUCUGCUGGCCGAGCUGCUACGCCGCGGAUAUAACAGCUGCGUUCGACGCUGCGAUUCAAGAUGGAGUAGAUAUACUCUCGCUUUCCCUUGGGAGCAGCGGGGCUAGGGAGUACAGCUCCGACAGCAUUGCCAUCGGUGCGUUCCACGCAGUGAGGAAUGGGAUCACCGUCGUGUGCUCGGCGGGGAACUCUGGACCGUAUGCUUCGACCGUGACGAAUGUGGCGCCGUGGAUCUUGACGGUGGGAGCUAGUACGGUUGAUCGGAGGUUUGUGUCCAGUGUCACGCUUGGGAACGGGGAGCAAUACAAGGGCUUCAGCUUCCAUACCAACACCUCACCGGCUAAACAGUUGUAUCCACUAAUCCGUGGGGUGGAUGCCAAGUCUGCAGAUGCUGACGACAGCGACGCAAAGUAUUGCUUCCCUGAGGCACUCGACUCGAGCAAAGUGAAAGGCAAGGUUGUGUUCUGCAUGCGCGGUGGCUCGGACGUGGAGAAGAGCCAGGGGAUUUCUCAAGCCGGAGGGGUUGGAGUGAUUCUAGCAAACUCAUUCUCCACUUCCAUUUCUCCUCAAGCUCACUUCGUGCCUACUUCAAUGGUCUCCAAACAAGAUAGUGAUUCCAUUGCAUCCUACAUAUCCACCACGCAGUCUCCUGAAGCUUAUCUAAGUGGUGAAACUGAAAUUGGUGAAGUAGUAGCACCUGUCAUGGCUUCCUUUUCAUCUGUUGGACCCAACAGACUCACUUCAGAGAUCCUGAAGCCUGAUAUAACGGCGCCUGGAAUGUACAUACUAGCUGCAUACACAGAAUCAGUCGGGCCAACUGGUGGUGGAGACAAUCGUCGUCUCCCUUUCAACAUCAUAUCAGGAACAUCCAUGUCGUGCCCCCACGUUACUGGCAUUGCAGGGCUUCUGAAGACCAUCCACCCUGACUGGAGUCCUGCUGCAAUCAGAUCAGCAAUUAUGACCACCGCUACAACAACAAGCAACAAGGGAGAGGCAAUCCUGACAUCAUCAGGAAGCAAUGCAACCCCCUUCAACUACGGAGCGGGACAUGUCCAACCCAACAAAGCAAUGGAUCCAGGCUUGGUGUAUGAUUUGAAUCUCACAGAUCACCUCAACUUCUUGUGCUACAUUGGCUACAGUUCUACACAAAUCUCGAUGUUCUAUGACAAGUCGUACCAAUGCCCAGCAAAGAGCAACACAAGUCUAUCGAGUAUCAACUACCCAUCCAUCACGGUCACUGAGCUAUCAGGAGAAAUCACGCUGACUCGAACCCUUAAGAACGUAGGAACACCAGGUACGUACACUGCUACAGUCAGAGCACCGACGGGAAUAUCGAUCGGGGUUGAACCGGAAACAUUGAAAUUUGAGAAAUCAAAUGAGGAAAAGAGCUUCCAGAUUACAUUGAAGCCCGAGGCAACUGCAGGGAGUGAGUAUGUGUUUGGGCAGCUUACUUGGUCGGAUGGGGUGCAUAAUGUUACAAGUCCGAUUACUGUAAGCAGGGCAGAAAACAGAGUCCAACUAAUGUAAACUCCCUUUGUAUCUAUGUACCCUUUCUACUGUAAGUACAAUUACUAGUGCGGUAAUCACUCUCCAUC